AUGACAGACAAAUUGCUGGUGAUCACUGUGGCUACGGCAGAGACAGAGGGGUACCGGCGUUUUCUGCAGUCUGCGGAGUUCUUUAACUACACUGUACGGACCCUGGGCCUGGGACAGGAGUGGCGAGGGGGUGAUGUGGCUCGAACAGUUGGUGGAGGCCAGAAGGUCAGGUGGCUCAAGAAGGAAAUGGAGAAAUAUGCAGAUCAGGAAGACAUGAUCAUCAUGUUUGUGGACAGCUACGACGUGAUUCUGGCAAGCAGCCCAACAGAGCUGCUGAAGAAGUUUGUUCAGAGUGGCAGUCAUCUGCUGUUCUCUGCUGAGAGCUUCUGCUGGCCUGAGUGGGGGCUGGCAGAGCAGUACCCUGAGGUGGGCAUGGGGAAGCGCUUCCUCAACUCUGGUGGAUUCAUUGGCUUCGCUCCCACCAUCCAUCAGAUUGUCCGCCAGUGGAAAUACAAAGANGACGAUGAUGAUCAAUUGUUCUACACUCAACUGUACCUGGACCCAGGGCUGCGGGAGAAACUCAAACUCAGUCUGGACCAUAAAUCCCGGAUUUUUCAGAACCUCAAUGGAGCCUUAGAUGAAGUGGUCUUAAAGUUCGACCAGAAUCGUGUGCGCAUCCGGAAUGUGGCCUACGACACACUUCCUGUUGUGGUCCAUGGAAAUGGUCCCACUAAGCUCCAGCUCAACUACCUGGGGAACUAUGUCCCCAAUGGCUGGACUCCCCAGGGAGGCUGUGGAUUCUGCAACCAGAACCUGAGGACACUCCCGGGGGGGCAGCCUCCCCCCCGGGUGCUUCUGGCCGUGUUUGUGGAGCAGCCUACUCCCUUCCUGCCUCGGUUCCUGCAGCGCCUACUGCUCCUGGAUUACCCCCCGGACAGGAUCUCUCUCUUCCUUCACAACAGCGAGGUGUACCAUGAGCCUCAUGUUGCAGAUGCCUGGCCACAGCUCCAGGACCACUUCUCAGCUGUAAAGCUGGUGGGGCCAGAGGAGGCCCUGAGCGCGGGGGAGGCCAGGGACAUGGCCAUGGACAGCUGUCGGCAGAACCCUGAGUGUGAGUUCUACUUUAGCCUGGACGCCGAUGCCGUCCUUACGAACCCGGAGACCUUGCGUAUCUUGAUUGAACAAAACAGGAAGGUAAUAGCUCCCAUGCUUUCCCGCCAUGGCAAGCUCUGGUCCAACUUCUGGGGUGCCCUGAGCCCCGAUGAGUACUACGCCCGCUCCGAAGACUACGUGGAACUGGUGCAGCGGAAGCGAGUGGGCGUGUGGAAUGUACCCUACAUAUCUCAGGCAUAUGUGAUCCGCGGGGAGACCCUGAGGACUGAGCUGCCCCAAAAGGAGGUAUUCUCCAGCAGCGACACAGACCCAGAUAUGGCUUUCUGCAGGAGCGUCCGGGACAAGGGCAUCUUCCUCCACCUCAGCAACCAGCACGAGUUUGGCCGGCUGCUGGCUACUUCUCGCUAUGACACAGACCACCUACACCCAGACCUCUGGCAGAUCUUUGACAACCCUGUGGACUGGAGAGAACAGUACAUUCAUGAGAAUUACAGCCGGGCCCUGGAUGGGGAAGGGCUGGUGGAACAGCCAUGCCCAGAUGUGUACUGGUUCCCACUGCUGACCGAGCAGAUGUGUGAUGAGCUGGUGGAGGAAAUGGAACACUAUGGCCAGUGGUCUGGAGGCCGGCACGAGGUGAGGAUGGAGGGCUCCCAAGGGGGACAGGCUAACCUAAGUUUUAUUUUCGUGAUCUCAUCUCCCCAGGGAGGCGGCUGCCGCUUCCUGCGUUAUGACUGCAGAAUCUCAUCUCCGAGGAAAGGCUGGGCUCUCCUGCACCCUGGCCGCCUCACACACUACCACGAGGGGCUGCCCACCACCCGGGGUACUCGNUACAUCAUGGUGUCCUUUGUUGACCCCUGACACUCAACCAGUCUGCCAAACCUUNUCUGCCACUGUGCCUUGUUGGACAACCUGGGUCGCCAUCCUCAGAGAGAGGGGACUCUGCCCGUCUCUUCUCCCGAGAGUGUCUGUGUGCUUGGGAUGGAAUGUGCUGGUCCCAACAGCCCUCAGGAGGUCCCUGGAGUCUUCCACUUGCCCACUGACCCCAUGGACUCAGGGGAAGUGGACUUCUGAGGGUCCCCUGCCUGAUAAAUUAUUAAGCUUCCUCAGCCUCACUUUCAAUAAAAGGGUGUUUGUAACCAUUUA